AUGAUGUUAAAAGCAAUUCCACAAGUAAAAGGCAAUUAUAAAAUCAAUGCUUGGGUCUUUUACGUUCUGGGAAUUAUGGUAAUGGUGCCUUUCCAUUUUUACAUUAAUUCCUUAGAUUUUUGGAUGUACAAACUUCAGUCAAAUGAACCUCGACCCCAGCCUCAGCCAAAAAAUUAUAUUCCACCGUCAUACAGAACCCACCUUUUCACGCCCGUUAUUUGGGACAAACCAUCGGCGGAGUCGGAGGUAAUUAGGAUAACAGAAGCCCAAUGGACGGGGCGGAACUCCAACGAAACUACACCACCCAAGGAACGGUCGCCCAUACAGAUUAACUUCACGUCGGGGGUUUUUAUCACGUUCAAGUUGUCCCUGCUGGCCGCUUUGUUGAUAUGCAGCGUCUGGUCGAAGCGAUUACCGGCCCCUGAGAAGAGGAUCCAAUGGAGUUUGCUGGCGCUUUCCGUGAUGUUUUCUAUUAACACGGUCGCCAUGCAAAUCAACUGCACAAAAAUGGUCGCCUGGUAUUUUGCUGGAAUGUUAGUAUUUGCGUCUCUUAUGAACUUUGCCACCGGUAUGGCCGUAGCGAGCCUCUACGAGCUCCUGUCCGGAUUUUCCCCGACUCACUACGGAUUCAUGCAGUCCGGGCAGAACGUCUGCGCCAUCAUCUCCUCCACGCUGCAGGUGUGCCUGCUGAGCAUGCGUCUGAGGCCCGACAUCCACGGGUGCGUGUACUUCGUCUGCGGCACGUUCAUUCUGAUCGCCACCACCGUGUACUUCUUCCACAUCGUGAGGAACUCCAAGUGCUUCACCUACACGAUAAGCCAGAGCGAGGGCGAGAAGAAGAAGCGGCCGCGGGGCGAGGUCACCGCUCCCUUGUCGAAGCUGAUCUGGAAGAUUAAGUGGUACUACGCCACGUUUCUGUUCGUAAAUGGUACUUCGCACGUCGUUUACCCGGGAUUGGCGGUGCUCGUCGUUCCGGUUAAUAUGGAUACGGGUAGUGCUGUUUGGAAACAUGUAUAUUUCGUUCCUGUAAUAACGUUCCUAAGCUAUGGAUUGUUCAAUUUGGCGGGUAGGGAAAUUACUAGGAUCAUUAAAACGCCAAACAACGGGCUUGUUCUCUUCGUUUUUGCGGUGAUGAGGAUUGUUUUGGUGCCGCUGUUAAUUUUCUGCAACGCUUUGCCCAGAAGGCACUUGCCUGUUUUAUUCAACGACGUGGAAUUCAUAUGUUUCUUGGGUGUAUUAGCAUUCUCCGAAGGAAUAUUAAUAAACUUAACUAUUGUUGCCAUGCCUACCAUAUUAGAUAAAAAGGAAAGGGAAGCUGUAAUGGUUUUGAUACCUUUUGUAACUACAGUGACCACAACAUUAGCAUCAAUAUUUAACGUACUUAUUAAUAAUAUAAUUUAA